AUGCAGGAGGCUGAGGCGAGACAGCGUCAGACUGCAGGCGUUGCUUCUGCAAACAGCAGCCAACCCACCACAAUCUCACUGGACGGCAAUACCCUGGCGCAAGUCCAACGGCUCUUGGGCUUCCGCGGCAUCACCGUGACUACUCAAGCUGAGGUAGAAGACGACGACGAUGAUGAGGAGGACGAGUAUUUCAACCAACAUGGCUAUAGCGGCAAAUGGGAUCGCACGCAGGGUUGGUACCCGGAAGUCAAAGAGCCAAAGAAAGAAGGACUUCAACUCCUCAUGGGUGGUGAGUUCGGCAGGCUAAAGCAUCAGCUGAAGUCCCGGAAGAGGGACAACAAUAUUGCCAGGCUCGCACUCAAUAGAGGGACACGGGUGCGGCCUACCUAUAAGGAAGAUCUCGCUGGUGAUCUACUACCGAAUUCCAGCGGCACGGCUGUAGCGCAGUAUGCUGCCAAUGCUUAUGUCGGGCAAUAUUCCUCAGACUCUACGUUCUACUACACAUGUGUCAGAGACUUUCGCCUGCAUGUGUAUGAUACGACCGCGCCACUUGGCCAGCAUAACGUGGAAGCAACACGAAAUGAGCGGUAUGGGCAUACAACGUCGAUGAAGGUCAUCAAGACAAUCCCGGCCAACCCUGGGCGUUGGACAAUCACAGACUCUCAUCUCAGUCCUGACAAUCAAAGGAUGAUAUAUGCAUCAAUAUCGAAUACGGUAUACAUGACCACGACGUUAGACCCAUCCCCAGUGCAGCAUCCUAUCCGAUUUGGCGAGUCUACAGGCAAUCAAGUGUGGGAUUACGAGGACGAUUUUGGUAUAUGGAGCUGCAAGUUCUCUGCUGACGGCAAUGAGGUCAUCGCAGGAGGUAGUAGCAUGAUUUUCGUCUAUGACUUGGUGGCGGAUCAACGCACAGUGAAGAUCCAGGCACAUGGAGACGAUGUCAACAGCUGCUGCUGGGCCGAUACAGCUUCAGGGAACGUCUUGGUCAGUGCGUCGGACGACACUUUCAUUAAAGUCUGGGACCGGAGAUCACUGGGUGCUUCGCCCAAGCCCUCAGGCGUGCUCAUCGGCCAUACCGAAGGUAUCACUUACGUCUCAGCAAAAGGCGACGGCCGCUACGUCAUCUCGAACGGCAAGGACCAAGUCCUACGAUUAUGGGACCUCCGCAUGAUGCGCACCAAUAACGAAUUCGAGCAGGCGCAGCGGAAACACUACGGCAUUCCUCACUUCGACUACCGCGGCGGCGCGUACCCCCGGCCCAAGUUCAAGGCGCACCCGCUCGACUGCAGCGUCAUGCAGUACACGGGUCACGAGGUCCUCCGCACGCUCAUCCGCUGCCACUUCAGCCCCGCGGAGACGACCGGCCAGCAGUACAUCUACUCGGGGAGCUCCGACGGGCAGAUUCACAUAUGGUCGUUGGACGGCCGGGUUGUGCAGGUGCUCGAUCGCUCACAGACACUUCCGAUGGGCAUCGAUCCGUCGGGGCCUGACCCGUCCAGUCUGGAUGCGACGCACAAGGCCAAAGUCUGUGUUCGGGACGUCAGCUGGCAUUCUGAACAGCCGGUGCUAAUGAGCGCGGGGUGGCUGGGUACACGCUGGAGCCAUAGGGAGGGCAGCACGAUCGUCCGACAUGAGUGGAAGGGCCUGUCGAAGAUGAACUAUCGAUUACAGGACUACGAGGAGAAGCGUCAGCAGGAGACGUCAGAACGUGCGGGACGCCCGCGAAAUCCUAGUCGACGGCGACGGAUGCCUGGUUCCCCCUCUGCGGAUUCACAGCAACUUGAAGGCCCCACCCAUCUUGGCACCAUGCAGCUCACACCGACCGAGGCACACUUCAACAGUGAACUGCCGAUCGCAAUGGAUGCUGACUUGAAUUUGUACGGAUUUCCGCCUGGUUACUUUCUCAUCCGGUCUGUGGUCACCGGUCGUCUGCUGGAUGUGGAGAUGGGAUGGUCGGAAGACGGGACGCAGCUGAUACUGUACACGGAGAACGAGACGUCGCUCGUGGAUUCCAUGAGGGACCCUAGCGCGGACAACCAGGUCUUCUUCAUCGAUACUUCCGGAGUCCUGUGCUCAAGGAGUACUGGUCACGCCAUUGACGUCGAAGACGACCGUCUCGUUCUGCGCCAUCGGCGCCCCGUCUUGCAGCCCUUCCCCAAUAACUACUCUCACCCACUGCCUCGGUUCUCGUAUGACCGCGAGACGAGGAACAUCACCAUCACCUUCGCGUCGGACCCCUCCUAUCCCGCAGCAGGCUCCGAACGCAACAAGUGGGAAGCGUGGAGGGAGAUGUCAUUCCUGGUGACCGCUGUUCCCGCCCGCAAGCCUCGCGGGAUCAUCGACGAUGCGUCCCAGCUGCUCACCAGCGCAUUCUCCACACCGCUUUCUUUGUUCGGUGCUCUGAGGCCUCCAUCCAGCGCCACGCCAGAGACAGUAUUCUCCAGCGGCGAGAUUGACCUGAGGGAGGACGAGAUUCUCGAGCAGGAACGUUCGGAGGAGGGCGAGGUGGAUGACUCGCUUGAACGGCGGCGCGAGGUGCGUGUGCUGGCACUUGCGAAGGAAGAGGUGGACGCGGCGAGCGCAAAGGCUAAGCUCAGGAGGCAGUGGGAGAUUAUCCCUCUGCGGGCCUCUAGAAAGAGUACGAGCUUCUGA